CAACGAUGUCGGGUAGGAGGAUUAUGUGGGUUUUUUGGUUCCUGUUAAUUGUGAUCCUUAUUAUCUCCAAAGCUUCCUCCCAGACCGAUCGGGUGACAAAUGAUCCUUGCACAUUUCCUGGAGAAUCCAUUGAUGGUUCGAGUGGCCACCUUUCCAGCCCCAAUUUCCCCGACAACUUUAAUGCGAACAACAUUUGUAUUUGGAAUAUCACGGUUCCUAGUGGGAAAAUCAUAAAACUGACCUUCUUGAGCUUCACCUUGGUAAUGAAUGAAAACCAAAACUGUACUGAAGCGGCGACGACGAGUGCCCGAGUUUUUAUCAUAAAUGUUGCAUCGCAUGAAGGAGAUCCUAAUAACUUGAAACUUUGUGGUCAAAAUCUUCCCCAUCCUGUUUACUCCGAGGGAAACUUCAUUCAAGUGAGGUUUGAAUCCCGCAACGGAACUGUAAACAAAGGGUUCAAUAUAUCUUAUAAGGCGAUAGAUGUGUGCCCCACAGAUAUGAUCCUCAACGAUACAACAGGUUCUUUCUCCUCUCCCUUUUAUCCAAAAAACUAUCCAUUCAACCAGACAUGUAGCUGGAAGAUUAUAGGAAAGCAAGGAAACCACGUUGAGCUUACAAUGCCAGAGUACAAUCUGCAACCAUGUGACGCUUGCUCGUGUGAUUCUCUCGAAGUUCAAAAUAGCUUCAGUGAUGAUUCCGCGGCUGGAAAAUUGUGUAGUACACCCAGGAGUGUGAAUUUAACGUUCUAUUCACUACACGAAAGCUUGAAGGUGGUGUUUGUGUCCGAUAAUAUGUUUAUGGAUUAUAAAGGCUUUGAGGCAACUUACAAGCUGUUGAACUACAGUCCUCCAAUUUGUCCAAAGGAAGCAAUUCUUCUCUCAGGGGAAAGCGGGAAAAUAAGCAGCACAAACUAUCCAAAGAGUAACUACACUGCGUCCAGAAACUGUACAUGGAUCAUUACCGUGCCAGUUGGAAAAAUAGUUAAGUUUGUGUUUACUGACUUUGUCUUCAGUGCGUGUUCAACCAAACCUUGUUCGGAUUCUUGUUCUUAUGUGGAGCUUUAUGAUGGUGGGUCAACAAGCUUUCCUUUGCUGGGGCGAUAUUGUCAGGGGUCGCUUUGGAAUGAGUCUCAGUUCUCGAGUGGAAACAAAAUGUUUGUAGCGUUCCAUCCUGGACAAACAGUUGAUCGUGGAUUUGAAGCGGAAUAUGAAUCUGAUACAACCAUUGCUCAUACAGCGUCCUCCACAUCUUCAGCAGACGUAUCCUUGUGCACUUGUCCUUGCAACACUGUUUUAAAGGAAUGGCAAAGUUCCUUGCCUCCAUAUCCUACUUCAAGCACUGUUGGGUUUGAUGGAAGCACUUCAUCCAAAGACUUCUCCAGUGUUUCACUGGGUUCAAGUAGAAGCAGUUCCAGUUAUGCAUUGAGUUCAGGCAGCCGCAGCUCUAUUGUUGCACUGAGUUCACGUAGCAGCAGUUCCAGUACCACUUUGAGUACAAGUAGCAGUAACUUCAGUGUUUCACUGAGUUCCAGUAGCAGCAGCUCCAGUGUCUCACUGAGUUUAGGUAGCAGCAGCUCUAGUGUCUCACUGAGUUCAAGUAGCAGCAGCUCCUAUCUCACACACAGUUCUAGCAGAAGCAGUUCCAUUUUUUCACCGAGUUCAAGUGGCAGUAGCUCCAGUGUCUCAUCGAUUUAUAGUAGCAGCAGCUCCAGUGUUGCACUGAUUUCAAGCAGCAGCAGCUCCAUUGUCUCAAAUAGUUCUAGCAGCAGCAGAUCCAUUGUUUCAAAGAGUUCAAGUGGCAGUAGCUCCAGUGUCCCAUCGAUUUCAAGUAGCAGCAGCUCUAGUGUUGCACUGAGUUCAGGUGGCAGUAGCUCCAGUAUGUCAUCGAUUUCAAGUAGCAGCAUUUCCAGUGUUGCACUGAGUUCAAAUAGGAGCACCUCCAAUAUUGCACUGAGUUCAAGUGGCAGUAGCUCCAGGGUCUCCUCGAUUUCAAGUAGCCACAGCUCCAGUGUUGCACUGAGUACAAGAAGCAGCAGUUCUAGUACCAGUUUGAGUUCAAGUAGCAGUAGCUCCAGUAUUGUACUGAGUUUAAGUGGCAGUAGCUCCAGUGUCUCAUUGUUUUCAGGUAGCAGUAGCUCUAGUGUCUUACUGAGUUCGCGUAGCAGCAGCUCAAGUGCUUCACUCAGGUCAAACAUCAGCAGUUACAGUAACGCACUGAGUUCAAGUACCAGCAGCUCCAUUGUGGCACUGAGUUCAAGUAGCAGCAUCUUCAAUGUCUCAUUGAGUUCAAGUAGCAGAAGCUCCAUUGUCGUACAGGGUUCAAUCAGUAGCAGCUUUAGUGUCUUAUUGAGUUCAAAUAGCAGCAGCCCCAAUGUUGCAGCGAUUUCAAUUAGCAGCAGCUUUAGUGUUUUACUGAGUUCAAGAAGCAGCAGUUCUAGUGUCUCAUUGAGUUCAGGUAUCAGCAGCUCCACUAUCUCACUGGGUUCAAUCAAUAGCAGCUCCAGUGUGGUAAUGACUUUAAUUAGAAGUAGCUCUAGUGUUGUACUGAGUUCAAGUAGAAGCAGCUCCAGUAUUUCAUUGAGUUCAAGUAGCAGCAGCUCCAUUGUCACACUUAUUUCAAGUAGCAGCAGCUCCAGUGUCUCAUCGACUUCAACUAGCAGCAGCUCCACUGUCUCACUGAGGUCGAGUGGCAGCAGCUCCAGUGUUUGGCCGAGUUCAAGUAGCAGUAUCAUAUCAAGUUCAGUUUACAGUGUCUCACCAACUUCCAUUAGCCCAAUUGUCUCAUUUUCUAGUUCAGAAUCCUUGUGUACUUGCCCUUGUGGACGUGAAUCCAAGAGAUUGGAAAGUUCUUCAUGGCUACAUGGUCCAUCAACUGAUGGAAGGAGUGUUUCCCAGAUCUUCUCGUCCUCGUCUCAUCUCAAGUCUGAUAAUUCUUCGUUAUUUGUUUACGAUUCGCGGAGGGAUGGAAGCAAUUCGCACUUAAAUUUCUUAUCCUCGACCACAGUCAGUUCCAGAGUUUCUAGCUCUUCGUUAUGCUACUGUCCCUGCAUCACAAUAGCAUCGACGUUUUAUCAGAGGGGUUCAAGUAGCAGCAGCUCCAGUGUCUCACCCAAUUCAAUUAACAGCAGCUCUAGUCUCACACUAAGUUCAAGUUAUAGCGGGUCCACUAUCUCACUAACUUCAAGUGGUAGCAGAUACACCCUCUCCCUAAGUUCAAGUAGCAGCAGCUCUGUUGUGGCACUCGGUUCAAGUACCAGGAGCUCUAGUGUCUCACCAAGUUUAAUUACCAGCAGCUUUAGUGUUGUACUGAGUUCAAGUAACGGCAUUUCCAGUGUCUCACUAACAUCAAUCACCAGUAGCUCUAGUGCUGCACUGAGUUCAAGUAGCAGCAGCUACACCAUCUCAUUAACUUCAGUAAGCAGUAGCUCCAUUUUUACACUAAAUUCAAGCAGCAGCAGCUCUUCUAUUCCCCCAAGUCAAAGUAGCAGCAGCCCUGUUGUCACCCGAAGUUCAAGUAGCAGUAGCUUCACUAUCUCUCAAAGUUUGAGUAGUAGCAAUUCUAUCGGUGUACUGAGGCCAAGUAGUGGCAGCUUCAUUGUCCUACUGAGUGAGAGUAGCAGUGGUUCUAGUGUCGCACUGAUUUCAAAUAGCAGCAGCUCCAUUGUCUCACAUAGUUCUAGCAGCAGCAGCUCCAUUGUUUCAACGAGUUCAAGUGGCAGUCGCUCCAGUGUCCCAUCGAUUUCAAGUAGCAGCAGCUCUAGUGUUGUACUGAGUUCAAGUAGCAGCAGCUCGAGUGUUUCAUUGAGUUCAAGUAGCAGCAGCUCCAGUGUCACAUUUAUUUCAAGUAGCAGCAGCUCCAGUGUCUCAUUGAGUUCAGGUAGCAGCAGCUUCACUGUCUCACAGAGGUCAAGUGGCAGCAGCUCCAGUGUUUGGCCGAGUUCAAGUAGCAGUAUCAUAUCAAGUUCAGUUUACAGUGUCUCACCAACUUCCAUUAGCCCAAUUGUCUCUACCACAACUCCAGCUACAACAGCAAUCCCAAUCCGAAGCAACUUGUAUCCUUAUGGUCCAGAUCAGAAGGAUAAUGAACUUCGUCUUGACGAUACUUCUUUCUACUCCGAACGAUGUUUGAGGAUCAACACAGACUGGACUGGAUUUCCGUUUUUCACUGAAAGGCAUUACAAGUUAUACAUUUGUCGAAAUGGUAUAAUCCAGUUAAAUUAUGAGUGGAGCUGGUGGUGGCCUCGGAAAUUUGGUAUCUACUGGUGGUUGAGAAACAUGGGCAUUAUAGCACCCUUCUGGGCCACAACCGAUACUUAUUUUGCUUUUAGAUACGGUCAUUCAAAAGUUUAUUAUCAAGUGUACAGGAAAACCAAGGAAACAACAAUUGAAAUGCUGAAUAUGGCUUCAAAGCAUGUACAGAGCUACACCGAAAGAUUUGGCGACUUUGAGGCCACUUGGGUCCUUGUUGUGACCUGGAAAAAUCUCUGUCCAUACGUGUACUACUAUUACUACCGAAAUAUCAACGAGCAGAAUUUUCACUUACAUUGUCCUCGAACCAACACAUUUCAAACUGUCUUGAUAACUGAUGGAUUUAAUACAUUUUUGAUGUACAACUACCCUUAUGGAGGAAUUCAAUGGGUGAUCGAUGCAGAUCCGAAUUAUUACCGUUACUGGACAGACUCCUAUGGUCUUCCUGUAGCCGGAUGGAAUGCAGGGAAUGAUGGGAAAGAUUAUAUCAAUAUGAAAGGUUCUGGCACAUUUGGGAUGUAUGACCUCGAUAAGAAGGAAGGAAACACAGGUUUGCAGGGAAGAUACUUUUGGAGAAUUGAAAACAGUAAUGGAGAAGGUGCACUGGAGAAAUGCUUUAGUUGGCUCAAACUUAAUGAAUACUGGGGAUUCCGUUACUGGUAUGACCGACUCAUAAAACCAGACCGGGAAAUGGCCUGCCCCUGUACUGCUUGGCAGGCAUGGUUUGAUCGGGGACGAUUCAGAUGGAAUUGGUGGAACUCAUGGCCUGACUGGUGUUUUGAGUCCAGACGAUCCAGGUUCUUUUAUCGCCACACCACGAGUACUGGACUAAUAGGUGUUCGGAUGAGACAACAGUGCUGUUACUCCACGGAAUGGGAAGACUGGGCCGCUCUUAAGCAGGGCCCCCCUGAGGGAGGACGAGUAAAAGUGACAGUUUUUUAUUACUGGUACAAUAAGGUCCAAACCUUUUACACUGACGAACAGGCUUACCAGUAUUGCUGCGUAGACCUACCUUUCUGCCAUUUCUUCUAUGCUUAUCGUCCGUCUGACAGCUGCGCACUGUAUAGGCCUCCAAUUAGACGAUGGUUCUGGGGUGAUCCUCAUAUCAAGACACUUGACGGCGGUAACUACACUUUUAACGGUCUUGGUGAAUAUACGAUGGUCAAUGCACAAAAUGGAACAUUUCAACUUCAGGCCAGAACAAAACUCGCUCCGGGAAAUUCAACCACAGCAACCAUCUUUUCAGCAGGAGCUGCUAAAGAAGAAAAUUCGAGCACCAUCGAGGUUCGAGUGAAAGACGGAGGUGGCUUCGAUAUAAUGAUAGACAGUGCACCCUAUUAUGGUUAUCACAACUUAACAAAUCGAACUGUGGAGGUUGGUGGAAAUCUUUCAGUCUCAAAACCAGAAGAUGAUUGUUUCCAAGUUUCUUUUCCGUCGACAUCGUCAGUGCAGUUCUGUGAGAAGAAGGAAAUGAUGUCGUUCGUUGUUACUCUUGGUGAUAUCUUGAAAAACGCCACGAGAGGAUUGCUGGGAACGUGGAACGAUGACCCUGACGAUGACUUUACAUUGCCUGAUGGGACGGUUUUAUCAUCGUCGUCAUCAUUAAAAGAGAUUCACUACGGAUUUGGGGUCAAAUGGCAGAUUGACCAAUCCCAGUCUCUUUUCACCUACGCUGAAAACGAAAGCGUGGCCACUUAUUCGUACCCUGAUUUUGAGCCCAUGUUUGCUGACAACAUCACGUGGCAUAACGACAGCUUAAGACAGAAAGCUGAGGCAGAAUGUGGAGAUGAUCACGAGUGUCUGUUUGACGUGGCUUCCACCAACGACUUGUCUGUGGGCCUGGCAACCAAAGACAUAAGCGUCCAGCUAGUGAAUGACUCGAACACACUGGACAACUUUCCGCCCAAGAUAGUAAACGGUUCAAAUGUGAUAAAUGCCACACUCUACGAAACAGUUGAGCUGAAUGUAACAGCUGUGGACGAGGGCUCCAUUACGUUUCACGUGAUUAACAACCCUGCAGGAGCCACUUGGAACCAAACUGGAAACAUGCUUUCAUUUCAUUGGCUCGUAACGUCAUCACAAAAGUUCAACAUGACCUUCGCUGUUACUGACGACAAAGGUGCAAGCGCUAGUUUGAGUCCAACCAUUAACUUGUGCGCCUGCCAACAUGGUGGUCAGUGCGUGGAAGCAGAAGACGGCGACGCAGCAAAUACUGACAGCAAGUUUAUUUACAUGGGCUGUGCAUGUCAAGGAGGUUACACAGGAAGGUUCUGUGACAGCGACAUUGACGCCUGCGAAAUGAAUGGUCAGCCGUGUUACACAGGAGUUGAGUGCACUGAUCUUCCUGCACCAGCAAAUUCCAGUGGAUAUAAAUGUGGACCAUGUCCAUUAGGGUACACAGGAGAUGGAGCGCAGUGUGUAGACUAUGACGAAUGCCAAACUUAUUCAUCGAACAACUGUGAGCAGAUAUGCGUCAAUAUUCCAGCAUCUUACUUUUGUGAGUGUCGUGAUGGAUACACGCUGAAUGAUAACGGGCGCACUUGUGAUGAUGUUGAUGAAUGCAAUCCUUCAAGCGACUGUAUGCAAACCUGUAUUAACAGUGUGGGAAGUUACAACUGCUCAUGUGACAAGUUUUUCAAAACUCAUCCCAGUGAGUGGAGGAAGUGUGUAGCUACAAACCCUUGUUCUGCUGAUCAUGGCUGCGAACACGUUUGCUUCAAGGGAAGCAGCGGUGAAGCAACUUGUGCUUGCUUUGCUAACUACGAGCUGGACAGCAAUAGAAAGAACUGCAUAGAUGUCAACGAGUGUGAUCUGGCUAAAAAACUCGAUCGGUGCAAUCAGAUUUGUACAAAUACUCCAGGAAGUUAUGUGUGUUCGUGUGAAAAGGGUUUUGAACUGAAGAAAGAUGGUUACGAAUGUGAAGAUAUCAACGAGUGUGUGAAUGAGGACUUGUUCAACUGCACGGAUGAGUUUCACAAAUGCGUCAACACUCGUGGCUCUUAUAAGUGUGAUUGUGAACAAGACUUGUACUUUAUUGAUGGGAAAUGCAGAGGUUUGGAGAAAAACGAGACAGCCCCAAUACCAGACCUACCUGAACCACGUGUCCCAUCAGAUAAUGAAAAGCAAGAAGCUGUUCGGUUUGCAAUUCCAAGUGGGGUUGAGUGGGAUUUUAAUAGGGACAAGUCUUUUAAAGAGAAAUUGGCGUCCGUCACAACCGAGUUUUGCAGUCAAAACAGGACAACAUGCGCACUAAAAGAAACACGACGAAAAAGACGCUCCCCAUUAUUUGAUCUCUACACCGCUGACCAGAUUCACCUUCUGCCUGGUUACCCUAGCAACUCUUCAGACUCUCUCCAGGUAGCAUUUUACGUACAGCAGCCUGCUGGUCUUUUCAUCGGAAAUGUCUCAGUUCUUCCUCGCGGUGCACUGGUAGCUGUUCUACUUGCUUACAAGCCUCAGAUCGAAGCAGCCAUUGGCGCGAACAUCUCUGAUAUAGAGACUUUAUUCGAACCCAGCCCACCUAAAGAAUACCCAACAGUGACACCACUGGAGCCAAGCAGCAAUAGCUGGAAAUGGUUUGUGAUUGGAGUCAGUGUAGGAUUGGCUUUUCUAAUAGUCGUCGUUAUCAUCAUCGUCGUUGUGUGCUUAAAGAUUAAAGUUAAAUCUGCAGUGAAACCGGCUGAGUUGCAUCAUCAUCCCAAAGAAGAAGAAGAAGAAGGAAUAGUUAUGGAAAGUUAUAGAAAGUCUUCAGUAAAAAGAAACGCCUGGGCCGAUGACGACACCUAAAUUUGAAAAUUCGCGUCAAAACAACGCUACGGAGAAGAGUUGGCCAUUGAUUACAAGAAAUUUCUGCCAUCUUAUUGUUACUUGUUCAGAAGGCUAUGAAAUAUAUCAACACUCUCUAGUCAAACAUAGCCUGUAACGCAAACCGCAGAGCGGCGAAGAACCUUUUUAUUUGAUCAGAGACACGAAGUCCAGAAAUGAUGUGUCAGAAAUUAAAGCUAUCAAUAGAAGUGACUAAGUUAUAGAACCAAGCAAUGAAAAAGUUAUCUAAGUUAUCUAAGUUAGCUAAGUUAUUAGUGACUAAGUUAUAGAACCAAGCCAUGAAAAAGUUAUCUAAGUUAGCUAAGUUAUUAGUGACUAAGUUAUAGAACCAAGCCAUGAAAAAGUUAUCUAAUUUAUUAUGGCCAGAUGAAAAAAAGAGACGUUUCAAACGGAAUGUAAAAACAAACAUUAGCCUUUAAGACGAAAUAAACAAAUCAAAACCAUGAAACCUCCGAAGCCCAGACGUUAUGCGUCUAAGAGUGAAAAUCAUCAAUUGAAGUUACUCAGCUAUAAAGCCAGGGCGAUAAAAGUGUCUAAGUUAUAUUAGCCAGACCAAAAAAGAGACGUUUCAAACGGUAAUUACAAACCGAACUUAUUUAAAGAGAAUAAAGAAACAAACAAUAGCCUUUGAGCAGAGAUAACCAAGUCUAGACCACGAAACCUCUUAAGUCCAGACACGAUGCGUCUAAAAAUGAAAAUUAUCAAUUGAAGUGACCAAGCUAUAGAGCCAAGGUAUGAUAAAAGUAUCCAAGCUAUAUUACCGAAACUGCAGUUACAAACAUGACAGCAGUUUGUGUGCUAUUUCUUAUCAAGCUACGAUUACCCAGUUGUAAGAAGAGAGGUUUCAAACGAUAAUUAUAACCUGGAUUUAUUUAAAGAGAAUAAAGAAACAAACAAUAA